AUGGCGGCAACGUUGAACAUGGUCCAACCCCAAAUUCCCAAAUUAGAGAAACACAAUUAUGGAAAUUGGAGUAUUCAGAUGCGAGUCUUGUUGCAAUCACAAGAGUUGUGGGAUAUUGUUCAAGACGGCUUCACCGAACUUGCUUCCCAAGAAGCCGAAGAUGCACUGACGAACAACCAGAAGAACGCCCUCAGAGAUGCAAGGAAACGAGACAAGAAGGCAUUAUUCAAUAUCUAUCAAGGUAUUGAUGAAACCACAUUUGAGAAAGUAAGUGCAGCCACCACGUCGAAACAAGCCUGGGAGAUUCCGAAGAAUGCUUUCACCGGCGUUGAUAAGGUGAUACGAGUUCGACUGCAGAUCCUGCGAGGUGAGUUUGAAAGUUUGGCCAUGUCUGAAACGGAGAGCAUUUCAGACUACUUCACAAGAACAUUAGUUAUUGUGAAUCAAAUGAAAAGGCAAGGAGAGAACAUUGAAGAUGUUCGUGUCAUUGAGAAAAUUCUUCGUUCCUUGACGUCGAAAUUUGAGCACGUCGUUGCGGCUAUCGAAGAAUCAAAAGAUCUCAACACCAUGUCAAUCGACCAACUGCAGAGCAGCUUGGAAGUCCACGAGCAACGCAUGAAGAAAAAGGCCACUACUUCACUUGAUCAUAUGCUACAAGCAAAGAUGUCAAUCAAUGAAGACAAGAAGUCUGAGCCCGGGACAUCGCGUGGUGGAUACAACCGAGGCCGAGGUCGAGCUUAUCGUGGUCGAGGAGGACGAGGCCGGAAUUAUCAAAACGAGGGAGGAUGUCCAAACUUUACUUAUCGAGGCAGAGGUCGAAAUUCUUAUGGACAAUACAGAGGCGGUUAUUCUCAAACCUACAAUCAACAAGGGUUUGAUAAAGCAAAUGUCAAGUGUUAUACUUGUCAUGAAUUCGGGCAUUACAGCUAUGAUGAGUGUCCAACAGCCGGAAAUACCAGGGCCAAUCAACAAGUCAAUUAUGCCGAAGGUGAAGAUGAUGAUGAGCAGGUAAUUUCAACCUCCCUUUUUACAUAUAAAGAAAUUGUGGGUGAUCAGUAUAGCACAAUGUACUUGGAUACUGGAGCAAGUAAUCACAUGUGCGGGAAUAAACAUGAAGAUGCACGUGAAAUUGAAGAACCAGAAUCACCUGAAUCAUCUCAAGGUCUAGGUGGAAAGCCAAGAAGAAUGCGCGACCUGAAUUAUAUGUAUGAAGCUACUGAAGAAGUUGAUGGAGCUGGAGAAGAAAAUGUGAAUCUUAUUUAUUUUCAUAUGGAUGCGGAUCUUGCCUAUGCAGAUACUGCGCAAGACAUGAAGAAUUGA